AUGCGGUCGGUCGCUAUACAGGCUUAUUCGCCCCCUUCGGGGUAUCAGAUGCUCGAGAUCCCUAAACCAGAACUUCAGGGUCCCAAGGAUGUCAUUAUCAAGGUUCAUGCUGGGAGCAUUAAUCCGAUCGAUGUCAAGUAUGCAGGAGGAGCGAUGAAAAUGGUCGUUUCGGAUACGUUUCCGUCUCCGAUUGGAUUCGACUGUGCCGGAACAGUCACCGAAAUUGGCUCUGAAGUCACGAGGUGUAAAGUUGGCGAUGAUGUUUAUUCGCGUCUUCCGGGGUCUUGUCGAGGAUCGUGGAGUGAAUAUGCCAGAUGUCCAGAAGAAUGUCUGGCUCUCAAGCCGUCUUCAUUAUCAUUUGAAGAUUCGGCUUCGAUUCCCCUGGCCGCUCUCACUGCUCUGCAAGCUCUCCGCAGAUAUGCUGGCGGUCUGGAAGGCAAAACAGUCUUUAUUCCGGCUGGGUUGAGCGGAACAGGCUCGUAUGCGUGCCAACUCGCCAAGAAUGUCUUCAAGGCCGGAAAGGUCAUCACGACCGUUUCCACCGCGAAAGUCCCUAAAGUGCCGGAAUUGUUAGGAGAGAUAGUCGUUGAUGAGAUCAUCGAUUAUAGAAAAUCGAACCCCCUCACGACCAUCCCUGCCAAGUCGGUGGACUUUAUCUUCGACACAGUGGGCCAGGCAAUGGAAUUUCUUCCGCUAAUGCGACCAGACGGCUACAUCAUCUCCAUCGCCACUCUUCCGUCUGGCAACGAGAUGCAAAACUGGGAUUUACUGCGUCUGCCGCAUAAACCCACCGUGCCGAUUUAUGCUCGCAUUCCGUUGAACUUGAUGGAUGCGUACCGGAGACGGAAAGCGCGGCGCUAUGGUGUUCAGUAUGAGUAUUUGCUGUUGGAGCCGAAUGGGAAGGAUCUCGAUUUGUUGACAGAAUAUAUCGAGGAUGGCAGAUUGAGGCCUGUUGUGGGGUCUGUUGUCAAGUUUGAUGAUAUCGAGGCCGUACGGAAAGCUUGUCAAGUUGUGUAUGAUGGGCAGGGGGGUAUUGGAAAGGCGGUCAUUUCAAUGGGAGGGGCUGGUGUCGGAGGGGAGUAA